AUGCCUACUGUGCCGAGAGGUGGUAUACGCCCUUUAGAAGCUCGGAAUGAAGGUAAAAUGGCCGCAAAAGAUGAGCAAGGGCACAUCAAAAAACUACUCAGCGACAAAGACAAGAACACCUUAGUAAGGGGACGAGAAUGUCCAGACCCACCAAAGCCCCAUUUACCAGCUCGCACCAUCAAUAUGAUUAUUGGUGGUAGCAACGACGCCUCUAUCAAUGACAGUAAGUUCACCGCCACCCAUAUGCUCAAAAGAUCAAUCACCUAUGAACGGUAUAACGGAAUCAAAGGGAGUAUCAUCUACGAUGAGUCAAAUGCUGACGAUUUAACUUUCCCUCACAAUGAUGCACUUGUCAUUACUCUACAAAUUGUUGAUACUCAUAUGAAGAGAAUCAUGGUAGAUGAUGGAAGUGGAGCGUGCAUCAUCCACCCCCUAUUCCUCGCACAGAUGAGGCUCGAGGAUAAGAUAGUGCCACGUUGCAUCACACUCAACGGUUUAAACAAUGCAGUUGAAUAG